UGAAGAGGCAAACUUGCUUGCGUUAAAGAGUUGUUCUUCGUAAACAUCAGCAGCAUGUUGACAGAAAAGUCGAUGAAUGAUUCCGUGAUAUCUGGAAUUAAUACAGGAUAUUCACUCUUCUGCAACUAAGCAUGGCGCCGAAUGUGAUGGACUUUCAACUCGCCUUUACAGUGGUAUUUUUGGGCUGUUACCUUAGUCUUGGAGAACCUUUGAAGGCCAAGUUACCAGGCAUGUUAUUUCCCAGAGAAUCCGAGAGUCGAGAAGUGAAGGAUUUUUGUGGAUUUUGGAACUUCCGGGCAGAUAUGUCUGCAAAUAGGAAUACCGGUUUCGAACAGAAUUGGUUUGCUAAACCUCUAUCGCAGACAGGCGAUGUUAUUCCAAUGCCUGUACCAUCAAGUUAUAAUGAUAUAACACAAGACAAAGCCUUGAGGGACUUUAUUGGAUGGGUGUGGUAUGACAAGGAAGUUUAUGCUCCAAAAACUUGGAAUUCUGAAGAAAUCAGGGUCGUGCUCCGCUUUGAAAGUGCACAUUACAACACUAUCGUGUGGCUUAAUGGUAAAGAAGUGAUGACACACUCUGGCGGCCAUCUUCCCUUUGAAGCAGAUGUUACAUCACUGUUGUCUUUUGGAGCAAUCAACAGAAUAACUGCUGCAGUGAACAACACCUUGACUCCUUCUACUCUUCCACCAGGAGAAAUAAAAUAUAGGACUGGUGAUAGGUAUCCUCCAGGAUAUUUUGUUCAAGAAACUACCUUUGACUUCUUUAACUAUGCCGGUAUCCAUCGUCCGGUCAAACUUUACACUACUCCAGUUGUUCACCUGUCAGAUAUCACCAUAACAACAGACUUCUCAGAGAAUGAGGGCAUGGUCAAGUUUCACACCACAACCUCCUCCAUGAAUGUGUCAAUGAGUUAUGAACUUAUGGACAAGGCUGGUAAUGUGGUAGCCUCAACUGAAGGUUCAGGCCUGUUUGAAGGAACAUUGAUUGUGAAGAAUCCAAUGCUUUGGUGGCCAGUUGGAAUGAGUCAUCAACCAGCAUAUCUGUAUUCAUUGAAGGUCAAAACUCAUUCUCAUCUGCAUGAUACUGAUGACAUUUACUACCUACCUGUGGGUAUUAGGAAAGUUGAGGUGAAGGGGACAAAGUUUCUCAUAAACAACAAGUCAUUUUACUUCAAAGGAUUUGGCAAGCAUGAAGAUGCGGAUAUUCGCGGUAAAGGAAUGGACUAUGCUAUCAUAGCCAAAGACUUUAACCUUAUCAAGUGGUUGGGCGCCAAUUGUUUCCGCACCAGUCAUUACCCCUACGCUGAUGAGAUUAUGGACAUGGCGGACGAACAAGGGAUUGUUGUCAUUGAUGAAAGCCCUGGAGUGGGAAUUAGAGAAGAGAACUUCAGGAAUGACACGCUCCACCAUCACUUGGAUGUCAUGGCAGAGUUAGUUCGUCGCGACAAGAAUCGACCCUCAGUUGUCAUGUGGUCUGUAGCCAAUGAACCAGCAUCUGGGGAUUCUGCCGCUGGACCUUACUUUAAAUCCGUUAUCGAAUUUACUCGCUCAUUGGAUACAACUCGACCUGUCACGUUUGUCACUUCCUCCCGCGCCGACGAAGAUAAGGCGGUGCAGUAUGUUGAUGUAAUUUUGUGCAAUCGCUACUAUGCUUGGUACGAAGAUUGUGGACAAACUCAGCUCAUCAGCCGCCAGUUAGAGGGAGAGCUUAGAGCCUGGUUUGACACGUUUAAUAAACCAGUGGCUCAAUCUGAAUAUGGAGCUGGCACGAUCGCUGGAUUUCACAUGGACCCACCUCUCAUGUUUACUGAGGAUUACCAGGUGGAAACCAUUCUGCAGUAUUUCCCCGUAUUUGAUAAAUUGAGGGAAGAAUUCUUUGUUGGUGAACUGAUAUGGAAUUUUGCGGACUUCAUGACCAAACAACAGACGACGCGAAUUGUUGGCAACAAGAAAGGGAUCCUUACCCGACAGAGGCAACCGAAAGCCGCAGCUCGGGUUCUGCGCCAGCGAUACCUGAACAUUUCAGUGGAAGUGGAAGAGAAUAGCUGGAGAGAAGAUAGCGCCGGCUUUAUGGGCAGAUUUUAUGCCACUGAAAACGUUGUUGGACUCGAUGAUAGAACUUAAGUACUUUGAAGAUCUCCAAACUGUAACAGUGACAUAAUGACGUGAUCAUUUUAAAUAAUGACGUGACGCAACAGAAAGGCGUAACAAUAAUUAUUCAUUUUUAAUGGACUGUGAUGGAGCUUGCGGCAAGGCGCUUCUGAGUAAUUUAGAAUAUAAUGGUGUUUGGGGACUUACCAUGUCUUCCUUAAGUUGCAUUUCUAUCUGUAAUGUGACGAUGCAAUGAAAUUUAUUGUGCUACCAUUGGAGCGCGCGCGAGCACUUGCGAGUGUUUGAACUAUCAAGAAAUUUUUUUAAUAAAAAUUUAAAUCUCUCGAGUA